AUGUCUGAACUUAUUCAAGCUAUGGAAUUCAAACCUACAUUUGAUUAUGAAUUUCAUAUUUAUAGAUACAAAUUAAUUAUAGAAGAAGAAUUUCAAUCAAAAACAUAAUAAUUAGAUAUAAAAAUUACAGUAAACUAGACUAAAUAUCUAAUAGAAGCUAUAGAAGUAGCUACAUUAAAAAUUAUUGAUUUUUGGAUAUCAAUUACAGAAGAUCAUCCAGACAUGAAUAAAUUGAUGAAUUUAGGAUUCAAAAUUUUAAAGUAAAAGUUAGAAAUAGAUUAAUCUUGGGAGAAAUUGAAAGAUUGUGAUUCUUUAAAAUUAUACAAUCUAAUGGCUAAAUUUUAUUUAUUAGUUUUAGAUGAUUAAGAAGUUGCAGAUUCAUUAUAAAAUCAACUUAGAAUUUUGUAAAAAAUUAAAUAAAAGGAAAUAAUUGAAAUAGAGGAAAUAUCUAGUAAGCAAAUACCAACAUUAGUUGUUACAGCAUAAUUUUCAAAUUUUCAUAUAUAUAUUGUUAAUAAAGCUCUUUGCAGUUUACUUGGUUAUUCUAAAACUGAUCUUAUAGGAAGAUCAAUCAAUUAAGUAACACCUUAAAUGUAAAUAUUGAUUUUUUAAUUAGAUAUACUACUCCACUAAAUAGUUGUUUAGAGUUAUUUAUUGAAAAUUAAUAUUAAAACGAAUUUAUAACACAAACAGUAUAUCUUUAAGCAAAAAGCAAUUAUAUAAUACCUUUAUAAUAAAAUCUUAAAUUAAUUUAAACAAACAACAAUUAAAAUUACUUUAUUGCUUAAUUUUAAUAAAUCUUUACUCCAAAAUAAUAAUGUUUAAUUCUUUUAGAUAUUGAAGGAUAUAUAGAAAAUAUAACAAGUUCUUGUAUAACACAUUUGAAAUUAGAUGUUAUUAAAAUUAAAAUGAGAAGAAUCAAUAUCAAAGAAUUAUUUCCUGAUUUUCACUUUCGUAAAUAAGAAUUUUAUUAAAAAAGUGGAGCAAAAUUGCAUCUUUCUCCUCAUGGCUUAAAAUAUAGCACAAAGACUUUAGAUACGAUUAGCAUCUAUGAAUAAAUAGAUUUUUAAUGUUAUCUAAAUAAUAUUCAAUUCCCUUGUCUUAAAGACGAAUAACAUUAUGGUAUAGUAAUGAAGUUGGAAUAAAUUAAAUGCCAUGAUUCUACUGAAUCAAUUGUAAAAAUAAAUCCAUAAUAUCCAAAAAAAACUAAAUUUCCCAUAUUUUAAUUCAUUCCACCUUCAGUAUUUCAUUUGGACUAUAUGAAUUUAACUGAUAUUGAUGAAUCAAUAGAUAUUUAAAUCUCUUAAAAUAAUGAACAUAAAUUAUCAAAAAUUAUGGAUUAUUUUCGAUUAGUUAAAAGGAUGUCAUAAUCUUAAAAACGUAGUAUUCAUUAUGAUGAAGGAAUUAAAGUAAAACGUUUGUGGGAAGGGUAAAUUUUAGAUUUAGAAGAAUUUAAUAUAGAUUAAUAAUAUUUAGAGGAUGAAGAUGAGGAAUCUUAAAAUGCUUAAUCAUUAAUCAAUCAAAAGGAUAAGGAAAUAUAAGAAUUUAGGAAUUAUUUCGAAUUAUUUUAAUCAAAAUUUUAAAUUUAUUAAUUACUAAUUAAUUCAUAUGUGUCUAAAGGAUUUUAAAUAUUAAAUUAUUUAAUUAAUAUUUCAUUAAUUACUCUUUAUAUAUCUGGAAUGAUAGUAUUUAUAUUUAAUUUGGAUGAUGAUGCAAAUGUAUCAAACAUGAUUUUUAAUUUGAGUUUGAACAAUAAAAGAUUAUCAAGUUGUUUGAUGAUUCAAACUAUUUUAUAAGAUAUAAGAUUAAUAAAUUUAGGUAAAUUAAUAGAUUCUUAGGCUAACUUUGAGCAAUUAUAUAAAAGCAAUUUAAAUUAAUUAAAUUAAGAAAUAUAAGAUUUAAUUUAAAUUCAUACAUAAUUAAUAUCAGGGGAAACAUUAAUAAAUCAAGAAUAUUUGGAAUUUUAAGAUGCAUAUUUUUCAUAAAACAUUGAACUUUAAUCAAUAGAUGGUAGUAAAUAAAAUUUCUCUUAUAAAGAGGCUAUUGAUUUAUUGAUUGGUAAAGCUCUAUUUUUAAAUUCUGGAGAUAUAUCUAAAUUUAAUGAUUCUGAUACUGACUUUUUUUUUUAUAACUACAAUACGAUGAAUUCAGUUUCAAAAUAUUAUUACAUACCAUUAAAUUAUAGAUAUUAUUCAAUAAAAUCUGUUUCCCAAAAUUCACUUAACAAUAAAUUGAUUUUUUUUAUUUUGCAAACCUUAUUACAAUUAGUGACAUAUAUAUUGAUUGCAUUAUAUUUGAUUUAAUAUAAUAAGUAUUAGAAUUAAAUCUAUUAAUUAUUUUUUGAAGUAAAUUAAAUACAAAUAAAAAAUAUAAUUUAAAAAUGCGAGUCCUUUUUAUAAUUAUUAAACGUUGGAGAUGAUGAUUAUGUAAGAUAAAUAUUUUAUAUAAAUUAGGAUGAAAUUUAAGAUGAUAAACAAUAGAUUUAGACAUUAAAUUAGGAUGAAAACAAAAUGACAAACAAUAAAAAAAAAAAGUUUUUAAAAAAUAGGAAUAAAAAAUUGAUAAAAUUUAUGGAAAGCGUCUUUUUUAUAUUUGCAAUUAUCUAAGCUUAUUUUAUUUAUUAAUAUAUUUCAGCUUAAUACGUUGUAGAGAGAACUUAUAACUUAAGUCCAAUAUUAAAUGCAACAUCUUUAUUAGAAUCAUAAUAUAGAUUAGGAGAUAAUGCUAUAAGAGAAUAUUUUGUGAACCAAAAUUAGAGUAUUUUUUGUAAUCCUAAUCCUUUGAAAUUUAUAAACAAUUAUUUUAAUACACUUUAUGAGAUAAAUGCUGAUUUACAAACUAAAUUUACAUAAAAUUUAGAUUUAUUCUAACCUGAUUACAUAAAUUCUUUUUAAGAAUUAUUUGUAAAGAAUCCUUGUCCAAAAUUAGGAUAAUUGUAAGAAUAUGUAAGUGAGGAUUAUUGUAAUUCUUUUUUUAAUGGAGUUAUCUCUGAAGGAUUAUCAAUAGGUUUAACAAAAUAUUUUGAAAGUCUAUAGAUUUUAGUAUAUUAGUAUGAAGGAUUUUAAAAUUAUUAUAUGAAUAAUAUUAAUAAUUCAGAAAAUAUUAAUGAAGAGAUUAGAAAUUUAGCGAUAUUAACAUUAAAUUCAACUUUGAGUGUAGAAGUAAGAACUAUGGAGAAAGUAGUUAUAAGAUACACUUAAAGAUAUUUAAUUGAUAAAUUAGAGUAAAGUAUAAGAGAUUCAUUUAAUGAAUUACAAAUGACUAGAAUUUGGUUGUUCAUUUGUUUUACAUUUUAUUUAUUAUUUGUAACUUUUAUCUUAUGGAUUCCUGCAAAUUAGACAUUAAUAAAAUAGAUAUAACAAAGCAGAACAUUGUUAUUAGUAAUGCCAAUGACAACAUUGAUGAAGUAAAUUGUUAUUAAUUAAUUUUAUAUAGUUCGACAAUAAUUAGAAGGUAUAUAAGAUAAGUAUUAAAAAAUUGA